AUGAAGAGCUUGACAUAUUUGAACCUCUCUUCUGCGGGAUUCAGUGGAAGCAUUCCUCACCAAAUAGGAAAUCUCUCUGGUUUGCUCUAUCUUGACCUUGGAGGAGAUAAUUAUUUUAUUGGAAAGAUUCCCCAUCAAAUUGGUAAUUUAUCAAAUGUACUCUAUCUUGGUCUCUUCGGUGGUCAUCAAUAUGACGAGGAUGGGAUAUCAGUGUAUGAAGAAAAUCUUCAGUGGAUAUCAUCUCUUUCUUCACUCCAAUAUCUUCAAUUGAGUUCUGUUAAUCUGUCUAAUGCCUUUGAUUGGUUGCCUGUUUUGCAAUCUCUUCCCUCAUUGACAGAGUUACACCUACAAGAGUGUGCUCUUCAUCACAAUUUCCAUCCAGCCAUUGCCAUAAACUUUUCAUCUUUAAAAAUCCUUGACAUUUCCUUCUCUUUUGAUUUUGGAUCUCCUUCCAUUCCAAAGUGGAUUUUUCGGCUAAAGAAUUUGGUUUCGCUUAAAUUAAGAGAUAAUUAUUUGCAAGGAUCCAUCCCAAAUGGUAUUCAUAACCUCUCUCUCAUUGAAGAUCUUGAUUUGUGUGAAAAUUUGUUUAAUUCUUCUAUCCCUAAUUGCUUAUAUACUUUGAACCAUCUCAAGUCUCUUGAUCUUUCUACAAACAAUUUGCAUGGAACAAUUUCACAUGCAAUUGGAAACUUGACUUCUAUGGGAAAUAAAGUUGAUGGGAAUCCUUUUGAUGCUUUGCAAUCAUUUUCUGAAUUAGAAUAUCUUGAUAUCAGAGAUAAUCUUUUUCGUGGAAUUGUGAAUGAACAUCACCUCGCCAAUUUCGCUAAAUUAAGUUAUUUCACCGCAUCAGGAAACAGACUUACUUUAAAAGUAGGUCCCAAUUGGAAGCCAUCUUUUCAAAAGUUGAUCUCCUUGGACAUGAUCUUAUGGCAUUUAGGUCCCCACUUUCCAUCAUGGAUUCGAUCACUAAAACAUCUUGAGGAGUUGUACAUACCUAAUACCAACAUCUCUGAUUCUAUCCCCACAUGGCUAUGGGGUGCAUUCCCCUAUGCUUCUUAUUUUGAUUUCUCUAACAAUGAUAUCCAUGGAGAGCUUUCUUAUACAUUGAAGAAUCCCAUGAAUGUCCACACCAUUGAUUUAAGCUCAAAUCGCUUAAGUGGUUCUUUACCACACAUAUCACCAAUUGUGAAAUACUUAGACCUCUCAAAUAAUUGGUUUUCUGGAUCCAUAGCCUCCUUCUCAUGUCAGGAAAAGGAGCAGCCAAUGACGUUAGAAUAUCUCAAUUUAGUAUCAAAUAAUUUGUCAGGUGAAAUACCUGAUUGUUGGAAGAUGUGUUCAAAUAAUCUAAUGAUCGUCAAGUUUGAUAAUAACCAUUUCAAUGGGAAGUUGCCCACAUCCUUGGGAUCCUUACCUUGGUUGUCCUCAUUGCAACUCCGUAACAAUGCUUUUUCAAGAAAUUUUCCUCUUUGUUUGAAGAAUAGUACUAAAUUGGUAUUUUUGGAUCUUAGAGAGAAUCAAUUUUCAGGAAUCAUUCCACCAUGGGUUGGAGACAUUCUCUUAACUUUAAAGAUCUUUCUCCUCAGAUCAAACCAAUUCAAUGGUAAGAUUCCCAAUCAAAUAUGCUCUUUGAAGUCGCUACAUAUCUUGGAUCUUGCACAGAACAACUUGACCGGACAAAUACCAAAAUGCAUCAAUCAAUUGAGUGUUAUGCUAGUAAAGAAUACCACUCUAGAAUCGGACAUCUAUGGCAAAGGAAAUGGUAGUACAAGAUCUAUAACUGAUGUGCUUCUAGAGCUGAAAGGAAGAGAUGAUGUAUAUACUUUGCCGGGCCUCGUCACAAGCAUAGAUCUCUCUGGUAAUAAAUUGUGUGGGGAGAUGCCAAGUGAAAUUACAUCUCUUAAGGGGUUGCAUUUCCUGAACUUGUCAAACAAUCUUUUGAGUGGUAAGAUUCCUCAAAAUAUUGGAAACAUGGAAUGGUUGGAGUCAAUGGAUCUCUCAGAAAAUCAGCUUUAUGGUGAAAUCCCAUAA